AUGUUGCUGCCACCGAUGGUCACACAUGUCACCAGACUACUGCAUAUAAUAAUAAGUCAGUCCUUUGCGCCACUCUCGUCGGUGCUGAUUGUGCACAGCACGACUAUCAAAGGCGAUAGCCCCCUGCAACAGGAAUAUAUGCAGGGAUUGGUGCAGGCGCUUCGCAACGUCACUGCUGGACAUCGACCGAUCUUGCUGCAGUGGCUCAACGUUGACGAGCUGCCAGCUCAAGAGCCGAACGCGUUCGAAAUGCAAUUACUACAGAUUGUAAACAGUACUGUAAUCGAGGGCUUCAUCACUCUACUGCAGCACACGGAGCUCUUCCUGCACGCCCGCUACUUCGCCACCAGGAAUGCGAACGUGAGACUUAAGGACAAGCGGUAUUUAUUUCUGUGUGAACAUGAAAAACCUGCGGAUCUACUUGCUAUGGAAGUUCUGCAAUUUUACCCACACCAUCUGAUGAUAGUACCAACACGAGUUAGCGCUGUAAACAGGAGCUCCCCCGCCCUCGACGACGACGCACUCUCGGCCACUUUGCCACACCGCGACAUCAAUUUCGAGCUGUGGACACAAAAGUUUGUCGGUGCCUCUGGUAAUUUGGAUGCUGUGCGCCUGGGCGCAUUCUUGCCGAACGAAACUUUUGCCGGCAACGGUCCAACUGUCGAACUUUAUCCGAACAAGCUGCUCGAUUUGAAGCGAAGAACCCUGCGCAUGGGCUCCAUUACUUAUGUCCCAUAUACAGAUACUAAUUAUGUGGCACCUGGUGCUGGAAAUGUGGACCCGAUCAAUCCGCGUAGGUCGAACCUAUCGAUUUCGUACUAUGGCUCCGAAGCUAACAUUAUAAAGACGUUCUGCGAGGUGCACAACUGCCACUUGCGUGUGGAGGCGUAUGGUGCCGAUAAUUGGGGCGGUAUCUACGAGAAUGAGACAGCUGACGGUAUGUUGGGAGACAUUUACACGCAGCGCGUCGAACUGGCCAUUGGCUGCAUCUACAAUUGGUACGAUGGCAUUACGGAGACCUCACAUACAAUAGCAAGAUCGGCGGUCACUAUUUUGGGACCAGCUCCUGCACUAGUUCCGCCCUGGCGUACAAACAUUUUGCCUUUCAAUGGGGCUACUUGGCUGGUAUUGUUGGGCACAUUCGGAGCCUGCAGCCUGGCCUUGUACGUUUUAAAAUAUUCGAGCUACUUUUUCAAAAAAACAAGGUCGGAACGUGCCUUCUUUCAUGCUCAGAAGCUGGAAAAGUCUAUCCUCGAUAUAUUUGCAUUAUUCAUACAGCAACCUUCGGCGCCCACCACAUUCGAUCGCUUUGCACCGCGCAUCUUUCUCGCCACCUUGCUCUGCGCCACCAUUACGCUGGAGAAUAUCUACAGUGGACAGCUUAAGUCACUCCUUACGGUACCCAUCUAUAGUGCGCCCGUGGACAGUGUUCAAAAGUGGGCGCAAGCGGACUGGAAGUGGGCAGCCCCUUCCAUUAUUUGGGUGCACACGGUGGAGAAUUCUGAUCUGGUCCAGGAACAGAUACUCGCACGUAACUUUGAGGUGCGCGACUACGACUUCUUGUACAAUGCGAGCUUUUCACCGAACUAUGGUUUGGGCGUAGAACGUCUAGCCUCUGGGGUCUUUAACUUCGGAAAUUAUGUGACGAGUACGGCAGUCGAAAACCGUAUUGUUCUGCGAGACGAUUUGUAUUUCGAUUGGACGCGUGCCGUCUCCAUACGCGGUUGGACUCUAAUGCCUGCCUUGAAUCGGCACAUACGCACCCUACAAGAGAUGGGUCUAUAUGUGCACUGGGAAAUGGAGUAUAUUGUGAAAUAUCUGGACAAGAAAACGGAGAACAUACUGCUAAGCAUGGACAGCAGUCACAAGGCAAAGCAGGCGCCUAAAUCGCUAGGCGUGCACAACAUAACCGGAGCCCUGUUUGUGCUUGCCUUUGGGCUGGCCUUUGCCAGUCUCAGCUUUUUGCUGGAUCUGCUGAAGUUCUCAGGCAACGACCUGCGUGAUUUGUGGAACGACGGCGACGACGUCCUCUGUUUGUCUAAGGCUCUGUCAGACUGCUGCUCAGCUUGA